UAUCGAUCUGUUUGAUUAGAGAGAAGAAAUUGCAAAGAAACUCGUAAUUCACCGCCGUGAACAUCAGCUCCACCGAGGUUAGUCACCAUCUGCUAGUUCGGAAGACCAAAUCGGAGAGAAGCUUAAAUCCCCAAAUCGAUGAUUGGCUUGGAGCAAAAUCGGAAUGUUUUGGUGAAAUCGAUGCCUCAAAUCUCUUUCUCAUGUUAUUGUCGUUUCAAGCUAUUUAAAUCUCUGAAAACAGUCAAAAACCAAAUCAGUUUGGUGGGAAUGAGCAAAUGAGGAAGACUCAACAACCAAAUCAUAUUGAGAUUUAUUAUGAUCCAAGCAUAGACGAAGAUCAACCUAAGGAGCGUAAAGAAAGAAAAAAGUGGUCACACAAAGAUGACUUGGUGCUCAUCUCAGCUUGGCUCAACACUAGUAAGGAUGAGCAAAAAGGUUCGUUUUGGUCACGCGUUGCAGCUUACUAUGCUGCUACUUCUAAGCUAGCUGGUUUGGAAAAGAGACGUCCCUGUCCUUGUAGACAAAGGUGGCGGAAGAUCAACAAGAUGGUAUGCAAGUUUGUUGUAAGUUUUGAGGCUGCAACAAAACAGAAAUCAAGUGAUCAGGGUGAUGAUGAUGUCAUGAAUAUGGCUUACCAGAUCUACUUGAAUGAACACAAGGAGAAGUUCACCCUUGAGUAUGCUUGGAGGGAGCUAAGGCAUGAUCAGAAAUGGUGUAGCUAUGCAUUUAGUAAAGAUAAUAGAGCUUUAAAGAGAAGAAAGUGUGAUGAUCUCUCUGCACAGUCAUCAAGCUCUUUUCCUGGUAUCCAUGAAGAGGAUCAAGCUCGUCCUCCUAGUGCUAAGGCAGUAAAGUCUUAUAUGUUGGAGUUUCAAGGCAUGUGGGAGAUAAAGCAAAAGGAUUGGGUAAUGAAGGAGAGGCUGUCGAAGAACAAUUUGCUGGAAAGUCUUCUUGCAAAAAAAGAGCCACUUUCUGAUUUGGAAGUGGCUUUGAAGAACAAACUAAUAACUGACAUGUUGUCUAAUGUUUGAAUGAGUUUCUGUUUAUGUUUGUGUUAUAAUCUUUAAAAACUUUCGGUUAUAACUUGAUCUGAUUUUGUUUGUAUUGAUCUUGAUAUCUUUUGUAUAAUGAAUCAGUUUGUAUGUAUUGGUUGAAUCAGUCUAAUGAAUCAGGUUUGAUCUGUUU